GAGACAUAAACAUCGUUCCUUUCUCAUCUUACGUGAACAAAUGGUAGCCUCUUUCGUUUAUAAACAUGUGAAUUGCAUCAGACAAAUCAUAAAGCCUAUUAUCCUUUCAGACUGUGUAUUAACAUAUACAAUUACACGCCUGUUGUCAUACCAAACCCGACUUUUACCUCUUACUACUACUGUUGAUCCAGUCGGAAAGUUCUUUCAACGCAGAUUGGGGAAAAUGGGAUCACCAGAGGAGAAUAAAAUUCCUGCUGCUGCAGAAGGAGAAGUUGUUAAAACAGCAAAUCAGUUAAAAAAAGAGGCUAAAAGAUUAGCAAAGCUAGAGAAAUUUAACAAAAAACAAGAGCAGCAAUCAGUACAGAAAAAGAAAGGUGCUGAUGAGGAAAAGUCAUCCAAACCUAAAAAAGAGAAGACAACAACAAAACAAGUUAUAAAAUAUGACAAAGACACCAAGCCAGGCGAAAAAAAAGAUACUAUUUGUCCCUUACCUGAUGCAUACAGUCCAACAUAUGUUGAAAGCGCUUGGUAUUCGUGGUGGGAGAAAAAGGGAUUUUUUAAACCAGAAUAUGGGAGGACUUCUCCAUAUGAAGAAAACAAAGAUGGUCAAUUUGUGAUAUGUAUUCCACCACCAAAUGUAACUGGUAACCUUCAUCUUGGUCAUGCUCUAACGAAUGCUAUUGAAGAUGCUGUGACCAGGUGGCAUAGAAUGAAUGGGAGAACUACAUUGUGGGUGCCUGGAUGUGAUCAUGCUGGCAUUGCAACACAGGUUGUUGUAGAACGCAUGUUAAAAAAGGAACACAAUCUUAGCCGCCAUGACCUUGGCCGGGAAAAAUUUCUUGAGAAAGUUUGGGAUUGGAAGAACAAAAAAGGCGAUCGAAUUUACCAUCAACUUCGUAAACUGGGAGUCUCCGUAGACUGGGAUAGGGCAUGUUUCACAAUGGAAGAAAAAUUGUCCAAGGCUGUAAAAGAAGCAUUUGUACAGCUACAUGAGCAAAGGUUGAUAUACAGAUCAAAUCGUUUAGUAAAUUGGUCAUGUGCAUUAAAUUCUGCAAUCUCAGAUAUAGAGGUUGACAAAAAAGAAAUUACUGGAAGAACUCUAAUGAGUGUUCCAGGUUAUGACCAAAAGAUAGAAUUUGGGGUUUUGAUUCACUUUACCUACCCAAUUGAGGGUUCAGAUGAGAAGUUAACGGUAGCAACAACACGUAUCGAAACUAUGCUGGGAGACACUGGUAUAGCUGUCCACCCAACAGAUGAAAGAUAUAAGCAUCUUAUUGGCAAAAAUGCUCUUCAUCCAUUUUGUAAUCGAAAAUUACCAAUAGUUGCUGAUGAAGUUGUUGAUCCUACUUUUGGAACUGGAGCUGUAAAGCUUACUCCAGCGCAUGACCACAACGAUUAUGAUGCUGGAAAACGCACUGGAUUAAAGUUUAUUACCAUGAUGGAUGAAGAUGGAUUGGUUAGAGAUGUAGGAGACUUUAAGAGCCAAUACAAGAAAUUUAUUAACAUGAAAAGAUUUGUUGCCAGAUAUGAGGUUCUGAAUGCUUUGAAGGAUUUAAGCUUGUAUGUUAAAACAGAAGACAAUCCAAUGGUUAUUCCUAUGUGCAGUCGAUCCAAAGAUAUAGUGGAGCCAUUGUUAAAACCUCAGUGGUAUGUUGAUUGUAAGGAAAUGGCGUCGAAAGCUGUACAGGCUGUUCGUGAAGGAGAUCUUAAGAUUAUUCCUCAAAUGCAUGAAAGAACAUGGUACAACUGGAUGGAAAAUUGUCGCGAUUGGUGCAUCUCUCGUCAACUGUGGUGGGGUCACCGCAUUCCUGCGUACUAUGUGACAAUACAAGGUACAGCUUCAGGAGGUAGUGAUGAUGACCACUAUUGGGUUUCGGGUCGUGAUGAGAGAGAAGCGAUCAAGGUAGCUGCUAAACGUUUUAACGUCUCAGAUGACAAAAUACAUCUUCGUCAGGAUGAUGAUGUACUGGACACGUGGUUUUCGUCCGCACUGUUUCCAUUUUCAGUGUUUGGAUGGCCUGAAAAAACCCCAGAUCUGCAAAAGUUCUAUCCAAAUUCAUUGUUAGAAACUGGACACGAUAUUCUGUUUUUCUGGGUAGCUCGCAUGGUUAUGUUUGGACAGCAGCUAACUGGGAAACUACCUUUUGACGAGGUAUACCUUCAUGCGAUGGUUCGCGAUGCGUAUGGACGGAAGAUGAGUAAAUCUCUUGGCAAUAUCAUCGAUCCUGUGGACGUUAUAACAGGCAUUACGCUUCCAGAUCUCUUGGCACGCUUAAAUGAAUACAACCUUGACCAGAAAGAACUGGACAAGGCACGAAAAGGACAAAAAGAAAUGUAUCCUAACGGUAUACCAGAAUGUGGAACAGAUGCGUUGAGAUUUGCUCUAUGUGCCUACACUUUGCAAGGGAGAGAUAUUAAUCUGGAUGUUCUACGAAUACAAGGCUAUCGCCACUUUUGCAAUAAAUUGUGGAAUGCAACGAAGUUUGCUAUGAGGAAUUUCACCUCAGAAUUUGUACCAAGAACUGAUAGAACCCAGUUAUCCGGAAAAGAACUACCAAUGGAUUUGUGGAUAUUAAGUAAACUAUCUACUGCUGUUUCCCUGUGUAACGAGGGCUUUAAGUCGUAUGAUUUUCCUAAAGCAACUACUGCUCUUUACAAUUUCUGGCUAUACGAGUUAUGUGACAUAUACCUGGAAUCACUAAAGCCUGUUUUUGCCGGGAGCGAUGAAGAGCAAAAAGUUUGUUCACAAGAUGUUCUAUAUAUUUGUUUGGACUACGGUUUACGAUUGCUCAGUCCAUUCAUGCCCUUCUUAACGGAAGAAUUGUUUCAGCGGCUGCCUCAUCAAGAAGGCGCUUGUGCAGAGAGUAUAUGCGUCGCCUCCUACCCUACUGAAGUUACCUGGUCACACACGGAGCUUGAGAAUAAGGUUGAUCACAUGAUGGAAGUUGUCCGUACAAUACGAUCAAUGAAAGAAGAGUAUGUCAACACUAAAGCGAAGGCACCAGUGUAUUUAAAGCCUCAUCAAGAUGAAACAAAAUCAAUGUUGUUUCAAUUUAAAGUUGUCAUAGCAACACUAUCUCAAACAACUGAAGUGAAUAUUUUACCAAACGAAGAAGUGUCUCCAGAUGGUUGCGCAAUACAGUUGCUGGGUGACAAAUGUGAAGUCAUGCUGAUGUUGAAGGGAAUUGUUGAUUUUAAAAAAGAAGUUGAAAAGUUAAGGUCGAAAGAAAAGAAAACAGACCAACAACUCAAUAAAUUAAUCGAGUCGACAAAAAUUGAAGACUACGAAAAGAAGGUGCCAGAAAAAGUCAAGCUACAAAACACAGAUAAGAUCUCACAGCUUACUACCGAAGUGGAAAAAUUGAAAGUAACCAUAGAAACAUUCGAAAAAGCUGCUUUACAACAAUCGUAACCUGUGAAGAGUAGAACUUCUUUUUAAGAAAUUGAAAUAAAAAGUGUUUGGCGCAUGCCCCAAAAACAUUUUCAGAUUUCCCUAUGAUGCAAUGUGAAGGUUGUUUAAAAAGCUCGAGUGACAAUGGCUUUGUAAAUUGGUCAGAUCACUUGCUGAAAGUUUUUGCCAUCUUUUAGUAAUCAUGGGUACCUAAAAUAAUAAACCCGAUUUCUUUUCUUAAAAAGUCGAAACAGCGAGAUGUGGCUUUUGGUUUUUUUUUUCAAAAACCAUUCAAAUAUUGGUAUUGGUUUUUAUAUAUUAAACUAUUUAAAAAGUGUGAUUGAUAUCAGAGAAUAUAAACAAAUCCAA